UACUCUCAGGAACUGAAGCAUUUUGUGCAUACUUGAGGCUCUUGGGUGCCAAAGUUGGAAAGCACUGUUCUAUUCGAGCCAUCAAUCCGAUCUCAGACCCAAAACUAGUAUCAAUUGGCGCAGGUGUCCAUCUAGGUGAUUUCAGCAGGAUUGUAACAGGUUUCUAUUCUUCCAGUGGGUUCACGAGUGGGAAAGUUGAGGUGCAGGAUAAUUCAAUUGUUGGGAGCCAAGGUCUUGUCCUCCCUGGUUCAAUUAUCCAGAAUGAUGUUAUUCUUGGAGCCCUUUCGGUUGCUCCAGUGAGCUCAGUUCUCCAAAGUGGUGGUGUUUAUGUUGGAUCACAAACUCCUGUCAUGAUCAAGAACACGCUGCAUGCAUUAGAUGAGAGGAUAGAAGAAAUGGACACAAAAUACAAGAGGAUUGUAGGAAACCUAGCUGCAAAUUUGGCUGCCACUACUCUAAAAGUCAGAACAAGAUAUUUCCAUAGAGUUGGUGUGAGUGGAAAAGGUGUGCUAAAGAUAUAUGACAACAUUAAAGGAUUUCCAGAACACAAGAUCUUCCAAGGUGGGAAAACUUACCCUGUCAUAGUCCGGCACAGCAACAGUUUAAGUGCUGAUGAUGAUGCAAGGCUGGAUGCUCGUGGUGCAGCAUUGAGAAUACUCUCUGAUGAAUUGGAUAACAAGACCCCACUCCUGGACUUGACACUAAAGACAGGGAAAGCAUUUUAUGCUCGCACCAUUUCUGACUUUGCAACUUGGCUAGUGUGUGGGCUAGCCGCAAGGGAGGCACAGGUGGAGCGCAUGCCACAUGUGAGAGAUGCAGUUUGGACAUCCCUUCGCAAUGCAAACUCAUAUACUGAGCUGCAUUACUACUCAAACAUAUGCCGGCUCUUCAGGUUUGCAGAUGGAAAAGAAAUGUAUGUGAAAUUCAAGCUGAGGCCUGCAGAUGAAGGGAUCACUGAGGAUUCUGGUAAAGUGCAGCCUAUUGGAAUCCUUCCCCCGGAAACUGGUGCAAUUCCAAGAUCAGAACAUGACACACGCCCUUUGCAAUUCCUAGCUGAUGACUUUCAGAAACGUGUAAUUUCUCCAGGAGGGGUUAGAUACAUUUUCCAGCUGCAAUUCCGGUCAGUCCCUGAUGAUGAAGCCACACAGGACAUUGCACUCGACUGCACUAGACCAUGGGAUGAGACAGAAUUCCCCUAUAUUGAUGUUGGGGAGAUAACCCUCUGUGAGAACCUUACCAGAGAGCAGUCAGAAGAGCUGGAAUUCAACCCUUUCCUACUAUGUCAUGAGAUUGACGUCAUCAGGGCAACAUCAGCCUCACAAAGCGCUUCAAUUGAUCAUGGUCGUUCCUUAGUAUACGAGAUAUGCCAACACUUGAGAAAUGAGGAGCCAAUGCCAGAAGCCUGGAGAAACUUUAUAGAGCAAUCUGAUGUGAAGGUUGACCUUUCAGGCUGCCCAAUUGCACCCCAGUUAGUAAAGAAGGAUACCUAUGAAGUGACUCUUGCAAGGACAUGGUAUCAAACCUCCUGGUCUACAUUUGCUCAACCAUUACUACAAACAUUCUUUCCUUACUUUCUGUUAGGAUACACAACCUAUGCUCCCCUCAAAGCAAUCCUAAUUCUGAACAAAACUACAAAAUAUCCAUUAUACGGGCUGCUUCCUUUGUUUUGGGUGUCAUCAGGGCUAUUGUCAGCGCUGGCUUGUGCAGUGGCCAAAUGGGCACUAACAACAAAGAAGAAAGAUGGUGGAACAUUACCCAUUUGGAGCACAAGCCUGUUCAUGGAGACACUAUGGCAGGCAUUUAGAACUCUAGUCAGUGACUACUUCAUGGAUAUGGCUAGUGGUUCAAUGUUAUUUGUGCUGUGGAUGAAGCUCAUGGGGUCAGAAGUUGAAGCAGGUCAGGGGGUUUAUGUGGACAGCAUGGGAGCCUUGCUGAACCCUGAGAUGGUUGAGAUUGAGAGAGGAGGUUGUGUGGGGAGAGAUGCCCUUCUGUUUGGGCACAUAUAUGAAGGUGGAGGGAUGGUUAAAUUUGGGAAGGUUAGCAUUGGGGAAGAUGGAUUUAUGGGGAGUAGAGCUGUGGCUAUGCCUGGGGUGGUGAUCGAAGAGGGUUGUAGUCUUGGUGCCCUCUCCCUUGCCAUGAAAGAAGAAAUUGUAAAGUCAAGGUAA